AUGGACUUUGUGUACAAAACCCUGUUUUUUUCACUACUUUUCUUGCUUUCACGCCAAGCAAAUGCUGACUUCAACGCCACCACCUCGGCCGCCGGAAAACUCGCCGGCAGAUGCAACAUUUUCAGAGGCAAAUGGGUUUUUGAUGCCUCUUAUCCUCUCUACGAUUUCUCCACUUGUCCCUUCAUAGAAGAUGAAUUCAACUGUGGAAAGUACAAAAGACCUGAUAAAAUGUACCUCAAGUAUAGAUGGCAGCCCUUCUCGUGUAACCUACCAAGGUUUAAUGGGGUAAAAUUUUUGGAGAAAUGGAGAGGGAAGAAGAUUAUGUUUGUGGGUGACUCGCUGAGUUUAAACAUGUGGCAAUCAUUAAGUUGUAUGAUUCAUUCAUGGGUUCCAAAGGCUAAGACUACGCUCAUAAGAAGAGAAGGAUUGGCUGAACUUGUAUUCCAUGAUUAUGGAACGAAAUUGCUAUUAUAUCGCACGCAGUACCUCGUAGACUUGGAGAGCCAAAAGGUGGGUCGGGUUCUCAAGCUUGACUCAAUCCAAAACGGGUAUGCAUGGAGAGGAAUGGACAUGUUGAUUUUCAAUUCUUGGCAUUGGUGGACUCACAAUGGAAGAUCUAAACCAUGGGAUUACAUGGAAGAUGGAGGCAAACUGUACAAGGAUAUGAACCGUCUGAUUGCUUACUAUAAAGGGUUGACCACAUGGGCAAGAUGGAUCAAUCGAAAUAUUGAUCUUUCAAAAACCCAAGUGUUUUUCCAAGGAAUUUCCCCCACACAUUACGAGGGCAAGGAUUGGAGCCAGCCAUCGAAAUCAUGCAGUGGAGAGCGACUACCGUUCUCCAGCUUUAAGUACCCGGCAGCCACACCAUUUUCUGCAGUCGUCGUAAACAAAGUGCUAAGCAGAAUCAAGAAACCGGUAUAUUUACUCGUCAUUACUUUACUCUCACAAUAUCGAAAGGAUGCACAUCCCACGUACUACAGCUUCCACAGAGGCCUCGAUUGCAGCCACUGGUGUCUUCCAGGCGUGCCUGAUACUUGGAACGAGCUGCUCUACGCAGCUACCAUCGGCUGA